UUUUAUCACUAUGUUCAAUUAAUAACUUAUCAAACUAAUUUGAUCACAUUUUCCAUGUUGAUUUAAAUAAGACCAUCCAUUAUCUCUUUGGACUUCAAGAAAAUUCAAUAGCGAAGUAUUUUUUUUUCGAAGCAAUACUCUUCAACUCAGUUCAUUAUCGCGGUAUUUGAAAAAAAUGUUGUACCUACCACUUUUUCCCAAAGUAUGACUUAUAAUAACAAUUUUCUGGCUAGUGUGCGUAAUAUUUAAUUGAUCCACUUGUCGAAGACAGAUUAUGAAGGUUUAUGUAAAGUUGUGAAGGGAGAAUUCUAGAGCGGGAUGAGGAAAAAUCAAUGAGUGUGGGCCAUCAGUGAGUCAAUAGGCAAGAGUUCCACUGUCACUGUCCGUGUAGACAAAUCAGUUCAUAUCGUGUUGAGUGACGGGUCAUACAUUGAAUAUCCAUCAACAGCUGCACAGCUCCGAAGUGACAAUGAUUGUGUGGCCGAGUUGGUGAAAUGCAAGAUUUGAGUAGAGAUGGUACAGCUCCGAGGACCACAGUGGCAUCCGCUGGACAUCUGGUAAGCAGGAAGACUCCCGUUCUCUUUUGCUCUAAUCGAGGACUAUUCCUGCGAACAUCCAACAACUCGACGACGGAGUACUCAGUGGACUUUUGCGAUAUUGAGCGUUGGAACAAUAGUCGUCUUACUUCCAUUGGCCUAACACCUGCUGAUGCAUCCGACAUCUCUUCAUUCAAUCGCUUUACAUCUACAGAGCGGAGAUCAGACGUUCGCAUUGUGUCACAGAACAGUUGAUGAGGGUGCAGAUUUGUAUGGCUCCUAUAUCAAUCUCCGUCAAGCAAGAUGAGAGGCCUCCAAUUAGUGUGACGGUAUUAAGCCCUCUUUCGGGGUCCCAGACUACUGACAGCGGACGGAAAAGGGUGACAAUAGGCAUCGCCACUCCAAUUCUCACUUCACUUUCUCUCUCAUUCACUCUCCGCCUUAAUGCUCCAUGUAUUUCACUACCAUUAUUUCUCUCACAUCUCGCACUAGCCCUUCAAGACUGAUACAUCACAAAUCAAUUUUCUUAUCUAAAAAAAAAGUAAACUAAUCAUUUAUAAUCACUGCUAAUUAUCACAUUUAUUAACUAAUAACAUUUACUUUUAUUCUAAGUUAUGUAAAACAAGAAUAUAUCAAUAUAUUUUCUACAAAUCAUGAUUUCAAUAAUUUGUAA